AUGAAAGAGUCGACUGAAGGAGAGAUUGACAUCCGGUUCGUGCGAAACCGGAAACGUAAUGCUGUGCCGAACAAACCCACGUUCACUGAUGUCUCCCACGCUUACGACUAUUUGCGGACAUUAUUCCCGAUCCAGAAGUUCAACCAAAGGAUACCAACCAUCGUAUGGAAGCAUCAGUUGUACCCUCUCUUGAAAAACAAGACACUCAUCGAUCGACAACUGAAUAGUUGGUGUGAAUCAGCUUAUAUAAGACUCUUCAGACUGGGAUCCACUAUCGACAACCACGAAGUGGUCAUUGUCUUGAUGUCGGACUUCCAGGAGUUUGCGGACAAGUGUUGUCGCAAAACUAUAAUUACCGAAAGAUUUUUGAAGAAAGUUAUCAUUGAGAAGUCUUCGACACAAAUAUCUUGUGAUGUAUUGAAAAACGAGUACCAAUUCAAUGACGACAACAUCAGUGAACUGAUCCGAUGCGGGCUUCUGGCGCGACAUCGAAGUAGUGGUGUUUUGUUGAUAUCUCUGCCAAAUGCGGGCGAAUUCGUCAAAGCCUUUGAUUUUGGCAAAAAGUUCUUGAUUUCUAUUAUUAAGAAAAGUAAAUAUAAAGAGAUCUUGAAAUCGGAACUAAUGAAGAGACGGGUUCCCAAAGAUAUGAAGUUUGACAUCGAAUACCAUUUAUACGAUCUCAUCGGUUCCGAAGUCAUUCAAACGUAA